AUGAUAUUAAGGGGGUAUACUCAGACUUUCCUUUUAUUUUUAAGGACAUAUAUAUCCACUCGUCGCACUUCGGCACUAACAAAAUUGGCAGAUAGCCAUGGAGCUCUUCUCCCUGCAAUCUUUUCUCCUCCUCCUUAUCUCAUCUCCUUCUACAUCUACCACCACUUCUUCGCUUCGUUGAAGAAAUACAAACACAUUGGCUUCAAAAACUACCUGAUUCUCGGAACCCUACCGGAAUUCUUAAAAAACCGCCACCGGUUCCUCGAAUGGACAACCGAAAUCCUCACUAGCUGCCCCACCAGCACCGCCAUCUUCAGCCGCCCGGUAAAAAUCUGCAGCGUCAUCACCACCAACCCUGCCAACGUCGAACACAUGCUGAAAACCAACUUCAAGAACUACCCGAAAGGCGAAAGGUUCAUGUCUCUUAUCCAAGACUUUCUCGACAGUAGAAUCUUCAACUCCGACGACGAGCUCUGGAAGGUUCAGAGGAAAACCACUAGCUAUGCUUUCAACACGAAAUCGCUUUGGAACUUCAUUAUGGAAAACGUUAGGGUUGAGAUUGAGUUGAUGUUAAUUUCGUCUCUAGACACAGCUGCCUAAACAAGAUGUCGUUUGGACUUGCAAGAUGUUUUGGAGCGUUUUGCUUUCGACAACAUUUGCAAGUUGGCUUUUAAUGUAGACCCAAAUUGUCUCGGAAGCGGUGGUGGCGGAAAUAUGAGUCCAUCGAUUUCGAUUCCCAAUUCGGAUCAGUUUAUGCAUGCAUUUGAAGAAGCGGCCACACUUAUCUCUAGGAGAUUUUUGUAUGCGUUUCAGUUUAUGCAAAAGAUAAAGACGUUUUUGAACAUUAGAUCAGAGCAGAGGUUAAAAGAAUCAAUCUCGACCAUCCAUAACUUCGCAGAUAAGAUAAUAAAGUCGAGAAUUAGCGACGAACGGUUGGAGGAUCGUCAUGAUUUGUUGUCCUUGUUUAUUGGUAUUCCCGAAAA